ACCCGCGACUCUUCCCAGCAUUCCCAUUUUGCACCCCGACUCUCCCCCGAUUUUCAAAUGUCCCUAACCCUAACCCCUCCUCCUCCGUCCCUCGCCUCCCAUCGCCGCCGUUGCUCCGCCGCCGCCGCCGCCGGGCCUCCGAGGUCGCGGCUCCGCGUCCGCUGCGUCGCCACCUGCCACGCGCCCCCGUCGCCCGCCGUGGCGCCGUCGAUCGCCGGGCUCGAGCCGCGGCGGCGGGAGAGGCUGAGCCUGUACGAGAUCCUGCGGGUGCGGGAGGACGCGUCGGCCAGGGAGAUCAAGGCCGCGUACCGGUCCCUGGCGAAGGCGUACCACCCGGACGCCGCGGGGGAGACCGACGGCCGGGACUUCAUCCAGAUCCACAGCGCGUACGAGACGCUCUCCGACCCGGCGGCGAGGGCGGUGUACGACCUGUCGCUCGGGAGCGGCCGGCGGCGGCGGCAGCAGCAGCAGCGCGCGGGCUGGGCCGGGUUUUGCUCGACCCGGCGGUGGGAGACGGACCAGUGCUGGUGAGGCGCAUUCCGCGGCACGGGACUCGCGCGUGCCAUCGAAACCGAAGGAAGAAAAACGAGAAGAUUUUUUGCAUUUUCCAGUUUCGUCUUCUUCUUCUUCUGAGCAAUGUUCCAGAAUCAGAAAUGUAAAAAAAAAAAAAAAAAAAA